AUACAAGAAAGUCAAAUUUGCCCAAGAAAUACUAUAUCUGACCAAAAGAAAGCGAGGAUCAGCUGAUAGGUAACGAGGCAGACGGCUGCCUCCGAUAGUCUAAUCUAACGGUUAUUGUGAGUGGAGAUAGUAAGUCAAACCUCUGACUUAGAGUUCUUGUUAUGUCUCCCGUAAUUGUUGAUCAUCACUUUUCAGCCAGGAUUAAACUUGGCAAAAUCGGUAGAUCUAUGGAAGUAUAUACUAUGUACCAAGAAGAUAUUGUUAAUGUUGACUACCGAGUGUGAUCCAGGGUCCAGGUUAUGGAAGAGGAAAUAACAUAACAUGAUGGGCUCUGACGGGUCACGUAAUGAUCCGCUCAGUGGAUAAGUCAGGAGAGGCAGGAGGACUGCUAAUUGGCUGACGAGGCCUUGUUUAUUGGGCCCACGGGCAAGAACGAACGCCAAACUAUCCAUCACUCCACUGCUCCUUCACUUUACUAGUUCUCUCUUCUCUCCUCUCCCCGAUUUCCUCCUCGAUUCUUUUAAACUACACCUGACUUUUUUCCAAUUCUCUCCCAUCCACCCACCGGGAUAUCCUGUUGCUCCGUCCUUCUCGCGUAUCACCAUCUCGUUCAGCCAUCAUGAGAGGCGAGAUUUGCCACAUCCACAUUGGCCAGGCUGGUACACAGCUUGGUAACAGCGCUUGGGAGUUAUAUCUUCUGGAGCAUGGUCUCAAGGCUGAUGGCCGUAUUGACCCCGAGGCAUCCGAGGAAGUCAACUCGGGCGGUUCGUUCGAGACCUUCUUCAGUGAGACCAGUAGCGGCAAAUACGUCCCCCGUUCGAUCUUCGUUGACCUCGACCCAUCGCCUAUUGAUGAGAUCCGUACCGGUGACUACCGCCAGCUCUUCCACCCUGAACUGUUGAUUAGCGGAAAGGAAGAUGCGGCCAACAACUAUGCUCGUGGUCACUAUACCAUCGGAAAGGAGCUUGUGGACAAUGUCGUUGACCGCGUUCGCCGGGUGGCCGAUAACUGUUCCUCUUUGCAAGGCUUCCUGGUCUUCCACUCCUUCGGCGGUGGUACCGGCUCUGGUUUCGGUGCUCUGUUGCUGGAGCGCCUCUCCACCGAUUACGGCAAGAAGGCUAAGCUAGAGUUCGCCGUUUAUCCUUCCCCCCGUGUGUCGACUGCUGUUGUUGAGCCCUACAACGCUGUACUGUCUACCCACAGCACCAUCGAGAACGCCGACUGUACCUUCCUUGUUGAUAACGAGGCAGUCUAUGACAUCUGCCGUCGCAACCUAGAUAUCCCCCGCCCGAGCUAUGAGCAUCUGAACCGCCUGAUUGCUCAGGUUGUCAGCUCCAUCACCUCCAGUCUGCGGUUCGAUGGUGCCCUCAACGUCGACUUGACUGAAUUCCAGACCAACUUGGUGCCCUUCCCUCGUAUCCACUACCCGUUGAUCUCCUAUGCCCCCGUUGUGUCCAGCAACCGCAGCUCUCAUGAAAGCUUCAAGGUGCAGGAUCUUACCUUCCAGUGCUUCGAGCCCAACAACCAGAUGGUCGUCUGUGAUCCUCGUAACGGAAAAUAUAUGGCUGUCGCUUUGCUGUACCGCGGUGACGUUGUGCCCCGUGAUUGCACUCAGGCCAUCGCCUCCGUCAAGGCCAAGGCCUCCUUCAACCUGGUCGAAUGGUGUCCUACCGGAUUCAAGCUGGGUAUUAACUACCAGAAGCCUGUGCGUGUUCCCAACAGCGAACUUGCCCCCGUCGAUCGCUCCGUUAGCAUGCUCUCCAACACCACGUCCAUCUCCGAGGCCUGGAGUCGUCUCGACCACAAGUUUGACCUCAUGUACUCUAAGCGUGCCUUCGUCCACUGGUACGUCGGCGAGGGUAUGGAGGAAGGAGAGUUCUCCGAAGCCCGUGAGGACCUCGCUGCCCUGGAGAAGGAUUACGAGGAGGUUGCCAACGAUGGCGAGCCAUUGGAGGAGGAAGAGCCUGAAUACUGA